AUGCCUCUGUCUGACCCGGGAACAUCUCACUGUAAGCGUUUUAUUACAAUUGCUAAAAGUGAAGGAAGAACGGGCAACGAUUUGUUUCAAACUGCUACAAUUUUGGGAUUGGCAUAUAGAUAUGAUUUAAUACCAGUUAUUCCUUCAUCGUACCCCUUAAACAAGUACUUUGACUUACCUAAUAUUGUUGAUUUGAAGAAGAGAAAAUUGUCAAAUAAUGUAUUCCUUCAUGCAAAUGAAGUGGCAAUAUAUAGAAACUUCAGUAAAAGACUUAAAGCAGAAUCUCACAACUUUACCAUGGUAGGUUGUUUUCAAUCUUGGAGAUAUUUUAAUACAGAACGAGAUAUUGUUCAAAACGCACUACGAUUGAAAUCUGUACAUUUUCACAACGCUGAAAAGUAUAUGAAAAUUAUUAACCCUAAAGGCUAUAAACAGGUUACAAUUCAUAUCCGUCGUGGGGAUUUUAGUGCCCCAGAACGAUUAAAAAGAGGAUAUGCCGUAGUAGAUGCUAAAUUUGUUGACAAAGCCAAGAACAUAUUACAACAAAACACAUCUGACAUUGUAUUUUAUGUGGUUACAAAUGACAAGAAAUGGUGUGAAGAGAACUUGAAAAAUGUCCAUAUAAGUCCAUUCGACAAUCCUGGUGACGAUCUGGCAAUUAUGGCCUUGAGUGAUCACGUGAUAGUGUCAGCAGGAACAUUCGGCUGGUGGGGAGCUUGGCUAGCAGGAGGGACAGCUGUUUAUUAUAAAGAGUUUCCUCGAUCAAAAAGUUAUAUAGCAACCCUUUUUAAUAAAUAUGAUUAUUACCCACCAGAUUGGAUAGGUAUUAGAUGA